AUAUAUAUAUGUGUGUGUGUGUGUGUGUGUGUGUGUGUGUGUGUGUGUAUGUAAAUAUAUAGAUAAAUGAAUGUGUGCAGUAAAUCAGAGUAAAGACACUAUAUAUGUGAUAUGUAUAGGGUCAUACCUUUUAGUGCUCAGGGGCUAAGUCUUGGUAGUGCAGGAGGAUCCAGUCUUGACCUCCAGCAUGCCACCAACACUUUGGAUCCUUGAGCUAAUCCUUGACCCUUGAGAUCAGUUGUCAGGGUGAAGGUGAUGUCCUCCUUUUAAAAAGCAUAUUGGGGUUCUCCAAGCACCUAGUUUACUUAAGACUGGACUAUAAUGGAACAACUAGCAACCUGCUAGUUCCCAGAUCCCUGGAAUCUCAGUAUCAGCUAUGACUUCCAUCCUCCAAACUCACAGUAGGUAUUCUAAGCCCCUGAAAGUGGUAGCAGUGGUGAUGAAAGUGGAAGAGAGUAAACCUAAUAGAACAUUCCAGUAAAUCUGCACAUCAUCCUGAACAAUUAGCUUUCCAUUUGGAAAUUUCACCAAGCACAUAAGACACAUAAAAUUCUAAUCUCUAGAGAUAUCACGGGCUGGAGCGAUAGCACAGCGGCAGGGCGUUUGCCUUGCACGCGGCCGACCUGGGUUUGAUUCCUCGCCCCUCUUGGAGAGCCCGGCAAGCUAACGAGAGUAUCUAGCCCACACGGCAGAGCCUGGCAAGCUACCCGUGGCAUAUUUGAUAUGCAAAAAAACAAUAACAAUGAGUCUCACAAUGGAGACGUUACUGGUGCCCACUUGAGCAAAUCGAUGAGCAACGGAAUGACAGUGACAGAGAUCACAGAGUUUCGAGCAUUUGCCUUGCACUUGGCAGAUGCCAGUUCAGCCCUAUCAUGUUUCCCUGAACACCAGGAGUAAUUCGUGAUCUGUGGGGUAUGGCCAGAAAUCAAAAGAGAGAAUAAAGGGGCCGGAGCGAUAGCACAGCGGGUAGGGCGUUUGCCUUGCACGCGGCCGACCCAGGUUCGAUCCCCGGCAUCCCAUAUGGUCCCCCAAGCACUGCCAGGAGCAAUUCCUGAGUGCAAAUCCAGGAGUAACCCCUGAGCAUCGCUGGAUGUGACCCAAAAAGCAAAAAAAAAAAAAAAGAGAGAGAGAGAGAAAAAAAAUAUAUAUCUUUCUUAAAGUUCUGGGAGAUGUUCAGGGGCCUGAGCAUCAUAAGCUGCUUUUCGUGUUGAAAACCCAACAUCAUACGGUUAGCCCCAGCAUCACCUAAGGCAACCUCCCCACCUCAAGCACGGGGCUCAGAGAAGCCAGUGAGGUGUGACCCAAGAAAAUGGACAACAAAAACAAGGUUUUAUUUUAAGAUCAUUCCUCAAGUUGACUGAGCCUUUUAAUUAAAAAGCUCAGAAAACUGGCUGGGGCAUAGCUCAAGACUUUGAGUUCAGUCUCAUUAUAAUAUGCCACUCCCCCCCCCCCCAACCUCCACAUCAUGGAAUCUAGCUUCUUUGAGAACUUCACCACCUAAACCUCCAGGCCCUCACUACCCAGGGUGUAUCUCUACUCAGGAAAACAGUAUCUGCUCAUUUCUGAGCACCUCCAGGGUCACCCCUAUUUUAAAAAGAGAGUGGGUGGGUUGGGGCAAUAGUACAGUGGCUAAGGCAUUUGCCUUUCACACAGCCAACCUGGGUUCUGGCCUUGGCAUCACAUAUAAUCUCCCAAGCACCAAGAUUGAUCCCUGAAGCAUAGAGCCAGGAAUAAGCCCUGAGCACCGCUAGGUAUUGCCCCAAGACCAGAAAAGAAAAAAAAGGUGGUGGGGGUGGGGAGGUUGGCUAUGUGUGGGGAUAUAGCUCAGUGGUUGAGCACUUGCCAUUGUGUAAGAGAAGUCCAGAGUUCAAGCCCUUAGCACUGUAAAAAUAGUAAUAAUUUUUAAAAGCCAGGGAUAGGGAAAGAGAAAAAUGAAGUAAAACUAAUGAAGAUAAAUUGGAUAAUUACGGUUUCUCAGCUGUUUGAUAUACACCUGAUAAAGAUGAUCUCUUCAGGUAGGCCUUCUUUAGAUCUGAUUACAGAAGUACCCGCAACCCAUCCACACACCUAAGAUUUAUUUAAGAGACCAAGCCAAGCGCUUCCUGGCUUUUCGGGAAAAGGAGAUGGGGAAAUGUGUUUCUCUCUAGUUUUUCCAAGUCAUGGCGCUUCCACAUAGAUUCCUUUGGUUUGGCUGCGUGGCUUGGCUGUGUUUUCCUCUUAUUCUUGGUUCUCAGGCCUCCAGGGUUGAGGCGCAGAUUACAAGUAGCGCUGAGUUGGAAUCUGGGGCUGCGCCCUGGUCUUUGCUGCAGCCGUUAGAUGGGAGAGAGAGAGCUGGCCUCCUCCCGCCUCUCUUCAAGGUUCUCUAUGACGAGCAAGGUGGGACCCCUAGGCUGCAGCCUGAUUCCCGGGCUUUGCGCUACAUGAAGAGGCUCUAUAAGGCAUACGCAACCAAAGAAGGGAUCCCCAAAUCCAACAGAAGUCACCUCUACAACACUGUUCGGCUCUUCACCCCCUGUGCCCAGCACAAGCAGUCUCCAGGGGACCAGGUAACAGGAACCCUUUCAUCUGUGGACCUGCUGUUUAACCUGGAUCGUGUGAGUGCCGUUGAACACUUACUGAAAUCGGUCUUGCUCUACACGUUCAAUAACUCCCUGUCUUUUCCCUCUACUGCUAAAUGUGUGUGCAACCUGGUGAUAAAAGAGCCAGAAUUUCCCCUCAAGUCUCUUCAAAGAGUUACUUUUAACUCCCAGCUUGAAUUUCAGAAGAAGCACAAAUGGCUCGAGAUGGAUGUGACCAGUCUCCUUCAACCUUUCGUGGCCUCCAACAAGAGAAGCAUUCUCAUGGCCGUGAAUUUGACUUGCAUGAAAGAGCAGCCACAGCCUUCAGCCCAGGACGGCACAUGGAACUUGACUCUUCUGGUGCGCCCCUCACUGCUUUUGUAUCUGAAUGACACAAGCACCCAGGCUUAUCACAGGUGGUAUUCUGUCCACUCUCAGAGGAGACGUGCCCAGUGUCCUCACCACAAGAAAGGUCUGCCUGCCUAUGCCCGUGUGGAGCCCGCUGCGGUUUCCAGGUCUUCCCGUCCCCGAAGGGAUCAAAAAACCAGCAGCUCAGAGCUGAAGAAGCCCCUGGUUCCAACUUCCUUGAACCUCAGUGAAUAUUUCAAACAGUUCCUUUUCCCCCAAAAUGAGUGUGAACUCCAUGACUUUAGACUUAGCUUUAGUCAGCUGAAAUGGGACAACUGGAUUGUGGCCCCACACAGGUACAACCCACGGUACUGUAAAGGGGACUGUCCGAGGGCAGUCGGGCACCGGUAUGGUUCUCCAGUUCACACCAUGGUACAGAACAUCAUCUAUGAGAAGCUUGACUCCUCGGUGCCCAAACCAUCAUGUGUGCCAGCCAAAUACAGCCCCUUGAGUGUUUUGACUAUUGAGCCCGAUGGCUCGAUUGCUUAUAAAGAAUAUGAAGAUAUGAUAGCCACAAAGUGCACCUGCCGUUAGCAUGUGGUCCUCUAAAUGGAAGCCUGGAAUCUCCUGGGUAAAAUCAGUGCCACAAUCCCCUCUCUGCUUCAAGAGACAGCUCUGUGUGCCUUUCUCUAAGUGUAAAUGGCAGAGGAGCUGUACAAGCAGGACCAUAUGUUCUGUGGCAUCAGUGUAGGAUAACCUUUGUAUUCCCAAAUGCAAGUGAAAUGUAAUUAUGUUGAAUAGCUUUAUGUUUUUUUCCUAUUUUUUUCUUUUCACGGGAGUCUUGUGAUGUUUUUGAGGAGGGGGGAACUAGUUUAGAUUUGGGUUGGAAAUAUAACUCCAGAUCAUCCAGAGUGCUAU